AUGUAUGAUGGACUGAGGUACUUGAGCAUAGUUUCUGGCUGUGAGCUGCUUGGCAAAUUUAACAUGCCAAGUUUGUUUGAGCAGGGUGACAUAAUGAUCGGUGGGAUUUUUCCAGUUUUUAACAAAGAGGUCAGCAGCACUUAUACUUUUGAGAGUGAGCCUCCUGGAGUGAAUUGUGCAGUGUUUGACCUACGAGCUUUUCGAUGGACGCAGGCAAUGAUAUUUGCUGUUGCAGAAAUCAACAAUGAUCCUGCUUUCCUUCCAAAUAUAUCUCUUGGUUAUAGGAUCCUUAACUCAUGCUCAUCUCCUACUAAUACUUUACGUGCUGCACUAACACUAGCUAGCAGACCACAGGGGAUAAACGCUACUUCUUGUUCUCCAACAAUAUCUUCCGUCAUAGCAGAGGCAGGAUCAUCUCAGUCCUUAGCUGUUGCUGGAACUCUUGGACCAUUUCAAGUGCCAAUAGUAAGUUACUUCUCAACGUGUGCUUGUCUGAGUGACAGAACUAAAUAUCCUACAUUUUUUAGAACAAUCCCCAGCGACUACUUCCAGGCAAAGGCGUUGGCUGCACUGGUCAAACAUUUUGGAUGGCAGUGGAUUGGAGCCAUACAGUCAGAUAAUGAUUAUGGACGUAAUGGAAUUCUUGCUUUUAAGCAGGAAGUUGAAAAGCUUGGGGUUUGCAUUGCUUUUGUUGGAUCAGUUCUACGUACAUAUACAAGGGAUAAAAUUCUAGACGCUGUAGAAAUGAUUAAACAGUCAACUGUCAAAGUAAUUCUAGCUUUUGCUCCUGAGGGUGACUUUUCUCCUUUGAUGAAGGAAGUAGUAAAACAAAACAUUACAGGGAUCCAGUGGCUUGGUAGUGAGGCUUGGAUAACAGCACCUCAGCCCUCCACACCUGAAAUAUACACAGCUUUUGGUGGCGCCCUGGGAUUUGUAAUGCAGAAGAUGGCUAUUCCUAAACUUAAACACUUUCUUACAAGUAUUAGUCCUUAUAAAGAUCCACAUGCACCUUUUGUGAAGGAGUUCUGGCAGAUAAUGGGGGGUUGCACUCCUGUUUUACCUGGGGUACAUGCAGAUACUGAGGACACAACCAAAAGAUGCACAGGCAAUGAAACAUUAAUGAAUUCUGAGCAUGUUUUCUUCAAUGUCACAGAGCUCAGAGUGACCUAUAAUGUGUAUAAAGCAGUUUAUGCUAUUGCACAUGCUCUGCAUCAGCUGGUAUUUUGCCAACCAGUUGGAGCAAAAACAGUAAAUCAAUGUGUGAAUCUUUCAGAAAUUCAGCCCAAGGAGGUCAGUAAUAGCUUGCAAAAAGUGAAUUUCAUAAAUCAGUUUGGAGAUAAGGUGUUUUUUAAUGAGAAUGGCGAUCCUCCUGCUUCUUAUGAAAUUAUUAACUGGCAGUUGACAAAUGGAAAAGUGCAACAUGUGACACUGGGUAAUUUUACAUCUGCUGCAAAUGGUGAUUACAAGCUCAGCAUCGAAGAUGAGAAAGUAGUGUGGAGGACAGGAAAAAUGGUCCCCACAUCGGUGUGUUCUAAUGUUUGUCCAGCAGGAACCAGGAAAGCUCAAAUCAAGGGAAAACCUAUAUGUUGUUUUGACUGUGUACCCUGUGCUGAGGGAACUAUAGCCAACUCAACAGGUGCAGCAGACUGCACACCUUGUCCCAAGGAAUACUGGUCCAAUGACAGGAAAGAUGAGUGCAUUCCUAAAACAAUUGAGUUUCUGAAAUAUCAUGAGCCUAUGGGAAUAGCUCUAACAGUUGUAUCCCUGUUAGGGGCCUCUCUCUCCCUGGCGACAAUGGUGGUUUUUAUUAACUACAGAGAAACUCCUGUGAUAAAAGCCAGCAACUUUGAGCUGAGCUCUUACUUAUUGUUUUCUCUUUUUCUGUGUUUUCUCUGUCCUCUCACUUUCAUUGGUAUGCCAACAGUCUGGACAUGCAUGCUGCGCCACACCGCUUUUGGUGUGACAUUUGCCCUUUGCAUUUCCUGUGUCUUGGGAAAAACCAUUGUUGUUGUUACAGCCUUCAAAGCCACAUUUCCUGGCAACAAAGUUGCUGGACAGUUUGGUCAUGCACAACAAAGAAUUAUUGUUUGCUCCUGCACUUUGAUUCAAAUAGUAACAUGUGUGUUGUGGCUGACUUUAAACCCACCUUACCCACAUAUGUUGUUUACAUACAGCAAUAGGAUGAUUGCUCUAGAAUGUAACACAGGCUCUGAGUUUGCUUUUUAUGCAGUGUUGGGAUACAUAGGGAUCCUUGCAAUCAUUUGUUUGAUCCUGGCAUUUAUGGCAAGAAAACUUCCUGAUAAUUUCAAUGAAGCCAAAUUGAUCACAUUCAGCCUGCUGAUAUUCUGUGCUGUGUGGAUUACCUUCAUCCCAGCAUACAUCAGUUCUCCUGGAAAGUUCACUGUAGCUGUGGAAAUAUUUGCAAUUUUGUCUUCAGCAUUUGGCUUAUUAAUUUGUAUUUUUGCACCCAAGUGUUACAUAAUAUUUCUUAAGCCAGAAAAAAAUACCAAGAAACAUGUUAUGGGAAAAAGUAUUAAGUAA